AUGGCACCAGGAGCUCUGAUUGAGGAAUCGACCGGCGUGUCGCCGGCGAGAGUAAAGAACGCUGAUGCCCCAAGGUCCAUAUUCCCCGACGGCAUCCGAACAUCGGGGCAGCAUCCGCCACUGUACGAUGCUCUGAGGCCAUACGAGGAUUUCCCCAAAGAGAUCACUGGCCCAACGUUGUGGAAGCGCGAAGAUUACAUCAACAACCCGGAGAGAUGGACGCAUCCGUUCACAGAUGAUGAGGUCCAGGAGCUGAGCGCCGCCGCCGACAACUUCAUUGCUAGCGGGACGCCAUUGACGGGUAUUUCACAGGAUAACUUCCCUCUCCCUAAGUUGAGCAAGGUUCUCAAUACACUGCGGGAAGAUCUGCUCAAUGGAAAGGGUUUCAUUCUCUUCAAGCGAUUUCCAGCAGAUGUCUGGGGACCCGAGAAAAACGCCGUCGCAUAUAUGGGUCUUGGCACCUACAUCGGUUACUUCGUCUCUCAAAACGGACGUGGUCAUGUUUUAGGUCAUGUGAAGGAUGUCGGCGACGAUGCCACACAGAUCGACCGUGUCCGCAUAUACCGAACAACUGCCAGACAGUUCUUCCAUGCUGAUGACUGUGAUAUCGUUGGACUGCUAUGUGUGCACCGUGCUGCAGAAGGUGGAGAGAGCGACAUCGUGAGCAUUCACAAUGUUUGGAACUCCCUCCAGCGCGACCACCCCGAUGUCGCAAAGCUACUCACGCAGCCGGUGUGGUACUUUGACAGAAAGGGGGAGACAUCAGUCGGUGAGGAAGAAUGGAUCAGACAACCGAUUUUCUACAUUGAGAAUGGCGGGAAGGGUCGUGUUUAUUGCAAGUGGGAUCCUUACUUCGUUCGCUCCCUGACGCGCUUCUCGGACAAGGGUCUUGUUCCGCCCCUCAGCCAAGAGCAGAAGCACGCCAUCACUGUAUUAGAAGAUACAUGCAAUAAGCUCGCGCUACACAUGGUCUUGGAGGUCGGAGACAUCCAGUUCGUCAGCAACACGCAUCUCCUACAUGCUCGAACUGCAUACAAAGACUACCCACCACCGGCACCACGCCGUCACUUGCUCCGAUUGUGGCUCUCAACACCGGAGACUGAAGGAGGAUGGGUGCUGCCGUUCCACGACAGCACUGAGAAGAAGCGCGGAGGGAUCCAAGUCAACGACAACCCACCGCGGGCGCCAUUGGACGCUGAAUGA